AUGAUUACUAAAACCAAGAUGCCUGAUUAAAAAAAUAUCAUCAUAUUAAAUUUAAAUAAUUUUAUAGUUGUAGCCUCAUUAGAUGAUUAUGGAACCAUAUUCACUAUUUCUCAUAAAUAUAUUAUUAAUAACUAUUAUGUUGGAUCUAAUUAAUUAUUAAUUGGUGAUUUUGAUGUUAUUAAAUAUUCAAUAAAUAGCAAUUUAUUUGCAACCAUCCUAUUUACAGAUAUCAAUAAUGGUAUCUAUUUCUCUCAUUUUGCAUAUAAUGAUUAAGGAUUAUUAUUUAAAACUACCUAUGAAUUAUUUAAACUUAUUAAUUUCUCUGAUGAUUAAUUCUUUAUCAAUUAAGACACUAAAUUUUAUUAGGUGAAGGUAAUUUCAUCUUAAUUAAAUGGAAAUAUUUUAUAACUUAAUGUACUAAUUAGCACUAAUAAUUAAGCUCAAUAUGUUUUUGCUUUUGAUUUAGAUGCCUCAAAACCAACAUUUGGACUUCCUAUCAAAAAAUCAAGUGUGUCUCUUUUAUAUGUCUUAACUCCUUAUGGAGAUUGGCCUGCGAUUAAUAAACUUGCUUAUAUAGAUGGUAAUGUGGCAAUCCCUUACACUGAUGGAAAAAAAAUAGUGAUAGGAAUAUAUUAGCUUUCAAGUGGUAGGCCAUCAUCUGUGAAAUUUGUACCAUUUACACAUUCGAUUUCAAAAAAUUAUAAUAGAAUAACCCCUGAAUAAUUUUUUAUGAUAUUCAAUAGAGACACUGGAUCAACUUAUGUACAUAAUUUUAAUAAAUUUAGCCAUAAUUAUAUAUAAAUAUCGAUUAUGAUGAAAGAUAUGAUGAAUAUCUUGUAGAAUAUUAUAAGAUGAGAAGUGAUCCUUAAAUUGUUUUAAAAAACUCCACUAAUUAUUAAAAUGAACUUGUAAUUGAACUAUAUUUGAAUAAUGAUUUUAAUCAAAUAUAAGGUUAAGCCAUUUUAUAAUCUAAUAGUUCAAUCAUGGAAACAAAUAUAGGAAUUAUAAAUUUCAAAUUCUUGAACUGA